CUGAUCUACCUAUAGUUCAAAAUGCCACCUCCAAGAUAGUGCAUGGUGAUAAUAAUGUGGUUUAUGAAUGCAAUGUAGAGCUAAAUUUAAUUGGAAAUGAAAAUAUAGAGUGUGAUCCUGACGGAAACUGGACAGACCGUUCAUUCAUUUGCAUUGAAUGUACAGAGCCACCCGCAGUUCAAAAUGCCAGCUUUAAGGUUAUGCCCGGUGAGAACAUUGUAGUGUAUGAAUGCGAUUCCGAAUUGAAUUUGAUUGGAAAUGAAAAUAUAGAAUGCCAGUCUGAUGGAAACUGGACAUACCCAUCGUUCAUAUGCAUUGCAUGUGUUGAACCUCCUGUUGUUGAAAAUGGUACCUACACAUUCGAAAUGUUUGACAACAAUCAUGUUGCCAGAUAUAGAUGUGUUGAUGGUUUCAACUUAAUUGGAAACGAUGUAAUAGAAUGUCAAUUAAAUGGUAGCUGGACAGAUCUUAAUUUAAAAUGUACAGACUGUCCUGAUCCACCAAAUAUAAUGAAUGCUGCUUUAAAUAUAAAGGAUAUUCGUCACGAUGACGUAGAUUUGACGUAUAUGUGUAACGAUGGUUAUUAUUUACUUGGUUCGGAAACUAUUUCAUGUCAAGCAAAUUUAUCCUGGUCUUCACCCACGUUUGUUUGCACAGGAUGUUCCAAUCCACCGAACGUAUUAAAUGCGACUUUAGAAUUUUUGAUUGAUACAAACAAUACAAUAUUCUAUUAUAAUUGUGAAGAAGGAUCACAUUUAAUUGGGAAUAGCAGCAUUAUUUGCCUCUCUUCAAACAAUUGGACGACACCUUUGUUCAAAUGCAGUGAUUGUUCAUAUCCGCCAUAUAUACAGAAUACAACAAUAGAAGUUGAAGUUGUUGCCGGCGAUCCUGUUGUCAAAUACAGUUGUUUAUCUGGGCUAACACAGAUUGGGAUCGAAUACACAGUAUGUGAAAAUGACACAUGGACGUCACCAGCAUUCGUUUGCUCUGCUUGUCCAUAUCCACCACAUACAGAGAAUACAACAAUAGAAGUUGAAGUUGUUGCCGGCGUUCCUGUUGUCAAAUACAGUUGUUUAUCUGGGUUUACACAGAUUGGGAUCGAAUACACAAUAUGUGAAAAUAAUACAUGGACCUUACCAUCAUUCAUUUGCUCUGCUUGUACAUAUCCGCCAUAUAUACAGAAUACUACGAUAGAAGUUGAAGUUAUUGCCGGCGAUUCCGUUGUCAAAUACAGUUGUAUCUCUGGACUAACACAGAUUGGAUUCCAAUACACAGCAUGUGAUAAUAACACAUGGGCAUUACCAACAUUUAUUUGCUCUGCUUGUACAUAUCCACCAUAUAUACAGAAUACUACAAUAGAAGUUGAAGUUAUUGCCGGCGAUCCCGUUGUCAGAUACAGUUGUAUCUCUGGACUAACGCAGAUUGGGUUCGAAUAUACAGCAUGUGAUAAUAAUAAAUGGACCUUACCAACCUUCAUUUGCUCAGAAUGUGGAUUUCCUCCUUCAAGACCUAAUGCAACAGUUCUUGUAGAGAAGACGCAAAAUGACAUUAUCGUAAAUUAUCGUUGUGACGAUGGAUUUAAAAUUACUGGACUAUCUACUUUGCAGUGCGAAAUGGGCACUUGGAUAAUUGGCAAUUUCACAUGUGUAUCCGAAUGAAAAAUAUCACAUUCGAGAUAUUUUAACAAUUGUCAAGACUAUAUUGAUUAGAUAAACCAUGAUGACGACAUUUCCAUGUAACUAAAGGUUAAAUGCAUUUAGAUUUAGCAUGGUAGUUUAAAAGGUAUCCAUUAAAAAACAAAACGGAUUUUGUAUUUGACAUCA